AUGAAUGUCUCACCACAAAGUCUGAAAGACCUUUUCACAAAUACAACUACCAAGAUUGAUGCCAUUUUAUCAACUACCAUCAGUGUCAACGAUAUUGAAAUAGCUUCAAACUGUUUCAAAUACUUGCAUUCAAAUAGCAUGUCUUCAAAUCAUUCCAUUGCUUCUAUUAAGAAGCACCAAAUGUUCAUAAUCAAAUUGAUAGAGAUCAAACAAUACGCGACAGGAAUCAAUGAGUUGAAUCACUUAAAUCAAGCAUUUAAUAACUUGGUCAAUAGAGUACCUAUAAAUUGGUCCCAGUCUGUCGAUUCAUCUUUGAUUGAAAUACCUUUUAAUGGCAGUGUACCAGAAACAGACGUUCAAUUGAUAAAUUUAAUAGUCGCGUAUCAUUUCCUAUAUUUACAAUGUUUACUACAAUCUAUAUCCCAUAAUCUUAAACUUGUUGCAAGUAAUAAAGAUCCUCAAUUGAAUUUAUCCGUUUUCAAGUACAUCCCCGUGUUGUUCCUUAAUUCUAGUCAUUUUUCAAACUGGUUGAAAUUUGCUCUUGAAGUCACUCCUGUAAAUAAAGAAAAAUAUCACAAGAAUUGCAUAAAGAUAACCAAUGGAUACAUGGUGAUACUAGAUACUUUAAUGAAGAAGAUCAAAUCCAUCGACCUAAAGAUGUACAAAACAUGUUUAAGGUUAAAGUUUGUGGAGUUCACUGGUGAAAAGUUUGAUAGUUGGGAUAUAGCGACUGAUGGAUACGUUGCACAAUUUUUGAAUGAUUUGAAAAAUUCAGAUUAUCCAUAUACAUCAUCAAUCCUUGAACAAGUACAACCUGCUUCGAUUGAUGAUUUAAUUGUCGACUUGCAAGAGUUUUCAAAACAACCUACAUCGAUGUUAUUAAAUCAACUCCAGGUUAAAUUCUUGGCUAAUUCAAAUGUUAUAAACGAUUCAAGAAUAUUACAUAGUAUAACAAGUGUUUGUCUUCAAAAUAAUGAUAUUUCUUAUUCCUUUAUUCAUUUAAUCACUGCUCAUUUAAGUUCACAAUCUGAAGCUAUGGACAUGUUAUCCAAGGGUCACUUUCAAAUUCUUGAUCACUUUACAAUAUUCUUAAAGGCCAUAAGCAAGAAUGUAACAAAUAUCACCACCUUGAAGUUAAUUAUGGCAGAUCUUCAAAAAGUAUUCUAUCAUUUUCGUCAAGUCAAAAGAAUUAGAAACUUGUCAAAUAUACUUUAUAAUAUUGGGAAUAUAUGUCAUGAUGAACAUAUAAUGGCUCUCUGUAUUGCCUACGAGAUUGAUAUUUAUGACAUCACACAAGCUAAAGAAGAUUUUAACACGUUAAAGACUAAAGUGCAAAAGAUUCUGAACACACUCUGUGAAGUUGGACUGGCUCAAAAAUCAACAACAUUUAUUAAAGUAUUCCUCGAUUUCGCAUAUCGUUCGAAAGAUAAAUCCAUUGUUAUAGACAAUAUUUUCUUGCAGUUACUUGCUAAAUGCAUUUCUGCAGAUUUAUCUGUCGGUACCACUAUAUUUGGAGAAAACUCAUAUGACGAUACAUUCAAGUCAUCUAUUUUAAUAAAACAAUUUGAACUUUUAGAGAGAUCUACCAACCCCGAUAUCAAAACAAAAGUGAUUAAUCAUUUAUAUCAGUCUGCAUCUUUUCAAGAUGAGAAUGUUCGCUGUUUAAUUUCCUACCAUUAUUACAAGAUAAAUGGGUUAACUGAAGUCAUUGAUUUGUCGAAAUCUCCAAAUGGAAAUAAUUUAUUCAAAUGCGGUUAUUAUUUACAGAAAUUAAUCAAUUCUAAUUGGGAUGAUACUUUAUUCAAGGAAUCUAUUCAUUGUAUGUUGAAUUGGUUGAAUGAUUAUCAUAGUAUUGAAUCUGACUACUUGGAUUAUGAAAAUGAUAUUUUCCGAAGUUUAAUUUUGUAUUUAAAAUUUAAUGGUGCUACGGGCUAUAUCAUAAAUGUGAUUGAUAAUUAUAUAACUGCUAGGAAAGAGUUAUCGAACGAAAUGAAUCUAUUCAUUCAAUAUCAAUACUGUGAUUGUUUAAUGAAAUUUGCUUUGUAUAGUGAUGUCUCGGAGCUGUUAUUAACUUUGAACACGACUUUAAAAGAGUCCAAGAUAAAUGCUCUCCUGGAAGUGGUAGCCUUUAAUCUCUUACAACUUGAUUACUUUAUUAAUGUUAAGGAUUUUCCAAAGGCAAUGGAAAAGUUCAACAAGAUUCACAAAGUAUUCGCAUCCAGAGGUGAAUAUAACUUAAUAUCCAACGAGAAUAUUUCAACCAUGGAAAAAUUGCAAAAUCUUUUAUUAAUUUCAAAAUUCCAACUUGCUGCUUGUAAGAUCAAUCUCCUAGCCAACAAUCCUAUCGAAGCUGUUAAGAAUGCAAGGGUAUCAAUCAAAAUUGCUUAUUCAAUUAUUAAGAAAAGUGGACCCAAUAUUAAAAGAAAUACUUACAAUGAAAUCAAAUGGGAAACUACUCAUGUCUUAUUUGAAUCAUAUAAAUAUAUUAUCACUACAUUGAGUCUGUUGGGUAUCACGAGAGACUUUUUAUUCUAUUUGAAUGAAUUCGAAAAGACUAAUGAUUCAACGGUAUCUCCAAUAGUGAAUUGUUUACACAAUUUUGAUAUCUUAUUUUAUCAUAUAUGCUUGUUAAAGGAUGAUGAAUUAUCAAACUACUUAACAAAGGCUGAAGGUUAUAGUCAGAGUGAAAUUGUUCUGACUAAUAUUAAUGUCAACUAUAAAGGUAACAACAUCAAAGGCCUAUUAAACUCACAACCUAGUGAAUUUAGACUUCCUAAGUUCAAUUCGAAGUUGGAUAUUACUAACGAUGAGUUGUUAAAUAUUUUCAGACUAGAUAAUGAUGAGAAUUCGGUUUUGCAUCAUACCUUAUCAUUGAAAACUCAACCGAACUUUAAUUUUACUUUGAAUAAUAAGCAUACUGAAUUGUUGGAUAUAUUAGUAGUGUCAAAAAUACAGUUGGCAAACACGAUAAAAGAAAUAGGCCAAAUUCCUCAAUUGAAUUCACUUCAUCAAUCAGUACAGUCAUUACCAAAUAUUGUCGGAGACGGAUUAACGAAUCUGAUCAUUGAUAAUAUUCCCAUCUUAAAUAAAUUAGUGCAAUUGAAAGAUGAUUUAUUCAAAUUUGUAUCACACCCACAGUUUAAAUCACUUGCAGCAUAUCAAAUUAAAGAUUUAUCUAGCACGAUUACAAAGUGUCUAAUGUUAAUAUCUUCAAUGUCAAACUUUAAAAGUAAUACUAAUAUUCUACAUGAAUUAUAUUAUUUACAAGAUUUUCCACGAGCUCUACCAUUCAAAAACGACAGAAGCAUAAAUCAUACAUCUACAGGGGCCAAAGAAAUAUUACCAUCUCAAAUUGAACCUCAACCUAUAUUUGAUUUCCAUAGUAGAGCUGUUGAAUUCAAUAUCGAUUUGAAUUUAUAUUUACCAGAUAAUUGGUCCAUCGUGACGUUAGAUAUAUGUAAUUUUACAGGGGAUCUAGUCAUAUCCAAAUUCACGAAGGGAAGUCAUCCUCAUUACAUCAAUUUGCCCAUUCUAAGAUCAAAUAAUACUGAGCAAAUGGUAAAAUUUGAUGAUUUGAAAAAGAAUUUCAAUGAUAUUAUCAAACAAAGUGAUAUUUCUACUAAAGCAUCUACUACCUCCAAGAUUUUUACUAAAGAACAAAGAAAAAAUUGGUGGAAGUUACGGUUCCAUUUAGAUUUACGAAUGAAGGAUCUUUUGGAAAGUGUUGAGAAGAACUGGGUAGGAGGUUUUAAGGGAAUAUUCAGUACUUUUGCUGAAGAUGCGGUCUUUACGAAAUUUAAACAGGAUUUCAUAAAAUUGAUCCUUGGUUUACUUCCAUCAAGACAUAUUUCAGAUGAACGCUAUAUGAAAUUUGAUGAUAAAUUAAUUGGCUUAUUCUACAACUUAUCAAGUUAUGAUAGAUUAUCAGUUGAUGAUUUAUUUCACUUUUUGAUAGAUUCCCUUAAUUUCCAUGCAGAAACCAAUAACUACGAAGAGAUAAUGAUAGCUAAAUUUCAUAAAAAUUUUGAAUUAUUGUUUGAUAAGUACUUCAAUUUAAGGUCAAAUCUGGUAAAUGAGCAUUUGGUAUUAGUUCCUGGUUCAUCAUGUAGCUUUUUCCCAUGGGAGUCAUUAGGCUGUUUUGCUGGAAAGUCAGUUUCUCGUGUUCCUUCAGUUGAACUUUUAAUUGACAUGUUAAAGAACAGACAUUCAAAAACAGUGGAUAAAUCUAGUCUUUAUUAUAUUAUUAAUCCAGGUGGAGAUUUAAGAAGGACAGAAGAAAAGUUUAGGCCAAUGUUCUCCAAACAAAGGAAUUGGAACGGUUUAACUGGAUCAAAACCAAAUGAAGAGAAUCUUAUGCAAAAUAUCGCCAAGACAGAUUUAUUCGUAUAUUUAGGUCAUGGUGGCUGUGAUCAAUAUAUUAAAACCUCAACCUUAUUUAAAACUUGUUUACCCAAUGGACCAAAGUUACCUCCAAGUUUAUUAAUUGGAUGUUCAUCCGGCGCUUUAAGUGAUAAUGGUAUAUUUGAACAUCAUGGUAAUGUAUACAAUUGGUUAACAUGCGGAGCUCCAAUGGUGCUUGUUAACUUAUGGGAUGUUACUGAUAAGGAUAUCGAUCAGUUCAGUUUAUCUGUGUUUGAGAAAUGGGGCAUUUUAUCAAAUCAACCACGUAUCAAACAAUGGAAUAUAAGUGAGGCGGUUGGAACAAGUAGAAAUUGCUGCACGUUGCCAUAUCUCAAUGGUUCAGCCCCAAUAGUUUAUGGGUUACCAUUAGUUAUUAAACAAUAG